AAAACGUGUUACUCUCUAUCUCUGUAAAGAAAAAAUUAUGAGUAAUCCCGAGAAGUCUAAAGUUACCGAGGAAGACAUUAUUGAGAAUUCUGACGAGAGUGACUAUCUUUGGAGCGAUGAAGAAGGGGAUAUCCGUGAAAUUGUUCUUGCCCUUCCUGCACUGAGACUCAGUGAGAGUCUCCAUGUGGACGAAAACGUCUAUAACGAAGCCGUUGCCGCGGCGAAUUUGAUUGUGGCAGCCGUCAAAGAAGCGGCGGGGAAGGCAGAUCAAACUGCAAGUGGUACUGGUAACGUUAGUGGGUCUCCCAAAAGUAAAAAAAUUGGUAGGCCACGUGUCUUAUUGGAAGCUGAAGCCGCAGCGUCUGGUUCUACCGCCAUUGGGACGACAAGUACUGAAAGAGAGGGCUUUGCUUCUUGGAAGGCUGUCUUUGGACAUUUAAGGCAGCAUAAAGAUCGUGGUUAUCUAGGUUUUCUUCCUCCGCCAACAUUCAAUGCGGCUGAGGAAGGGUUUGGUGGAGUCGUUACUGUUUCUUCCGCUGUUGGAGUCGCCACUGCUUCCGCUGGUGGGGGAGUCGCUACAGCUUCUGCCGCUGGUGGAGUCGUUACAGCUUCUUCCGUUGGUGGAGUCCCUACUGCUUCUUCCGCUGGUGGAGAGUUCGGUACAGGCACCGGAGCAGGGUGGAUCGAUUUGAACAAAGAUCCCAUCGAGGAGGAAGACAAGUCAACUGGAUCUAAACGAAAAUUUGAUCUUAAUAGGUCGCAUCCAAGCACGAGUGGGCUCGAAGAUGCUCUUAAUAAGAUUAAAACAAUCACCACAGGUUCAUCCGAGUCGAUCUUGAUGGGCUUAGCUGGUUUGGAGGAGCUCUACAAUUGUACGGAGGAGUUUCUGAAAAUGGGUUCAACGCAACAGGUUAUGUCCUCUGGUGGGUCGGAGUUCAUGGAGGAAAUGCUUGAUGGUUCGUUGAGGCUGAUGGAUAUAUGCAGCGUCUCAAGGGAUCUAAUGGUGGAUACUCACGAGCAUGUUCGUGGUGUUCAGUCAUGUGUUCGAAGAAAGAAAGUAGCCGGAGGAGGAGGAGAUAAACUCGAUGUCGCUGUCUCGAGCUAUGUCGGAUUAAGGAAGAACAUGAGAAAAGAAGCUAAGAAGCUUCUAGGAUCCUUGAAGAAAAUCAAUGGAGGGACUCGUUCUUGUGAUAAUGAUCAUGGAGAUGAACAUCUUGUGGCGGUUAUAGAUGCGAUGAGAGGAGUGGUAUCCGUAAGUGUCGUCGUAUUGAAGUCGUUCUUGGAAUUCUUGUCCAGACCAAAAAGUAACAUAAAGAGCAAGUUGGCUUCGGUGCUAAAGAAGAAGAAGGAGGAUAAUCAUGAGGCAACCAAGAACGAGUUGGAGACAUUAGAUUCCGCGAUUUGCGGAAAUAUUUCCUCUCUCGAUGAUCUACAAAAGGAGCUUGAGGAGGUUGAGAUGAGCAUUAGUGGGUUCGAGAGAAAUCUAGAAGGGUUGUUUCGAAGGUUGAUAAGAACACGAGCCUCGGUUCUCAACAUAAUCUCUCAUUAGGAAGAAGUUAAUAUGUGCAAUGUAACCUUCGUGAGCAUUCGAUUUUAGAGAAUUUGCCGGAGGAAUGCAUAUUAUAUAGAAGCAUAUAUAUAAAAGAUUUUGUACACU